CCGCGCUGCUCACUCGCUCUCCCCGCGCACGCUCCGUCUCCGUCAGUCCCUGAGCUGUUCUAGUGCGCGGCGUGGAGCCAGGGCUCAGGCUGGUGGAGCGGCCGGGGCUGGAGGCUGGGAGUGCGGCGCGCACGGCCUCCCCGCGCCAUUAUCCGCGCUCGCUUCGGGCGAGGCCGGCGCCAGGAUGGCAGAGAUGGGGAGCAAGGGGGUGACGGCGGGGAAGAUCGCCAGCAACGUACAGAAGAAGCUGACCCGAGCGCAAGAGAAGGUCCUGCAGAAACUGGGGAAGGCGGACGAGACGAAGGACGAGCAGUUUGAGCAGUGUGUCCAGAACUUCAAUAAGCAGCUGACAGAGGGUACCCGGCUGCAGAAGGAUCUUCGGACCUAUCUGGCUUCUGUUAAAGCGAUGCACGAAGCCUCCAAGAAGCUGAGUGAGUGUCUCCAGGAGGUGUAUGAGCCGGAGUGGCCUGGCAGGGAUGAAGCAAACAAGAUUGCAGAGAACAAUGACCUACUCUGGAUGGACUACCACCAGAAGCUGGUGGACCAGGCUCUGCUGACCAUGGACACCUACCUAGGCCAGUUCCCUGAUAUCAAGUCGCGCAUUGCCAAGCGGGGGCGGAAGCUGGUGGACUAUGACAGUGCCCGGCACCACUAUGAGUCUCUUCAAACUGCCAAAAAGAAGGAUGAAGCCAAAAUUGCCAAGCCUGUCUCGCUGCUUGAGAAAGCCGCCCCCCAGUGGUGCCAAGGCAAACUACAGGCUCAUCUUGUAGCUCAAACUAACCUGCUCCGAAAUCAGGCAGAAGAGGAGCUCAUCAAAGCCCAGAAGGUGUUUGAGGAGAUGAACGUGGAUCUGCAGGAGGAGCUGCCAUCCCUGUGGAACAGCCGUGUAGGUUUCUAUGUCAACACGUUCCAGAGCAUCGCGGGUCUGGAGGAAAACUUCCAUAAAGAGAUGAGUAAGCUCAAUCAGAACCUCAAUGAUGUCCUGGUCAGCCUAGAGAAGCAACACGGGAGCAACACCUUCACAGUCAAGGCCCAACCCAGUGACAAUGCCCCUGAGAAAGGGAACAAGAGCCCAUCACCUCCUCCAGAUGGCUCCCCUGCUGCUACCCCUGAGAUCAGAGUGAACCAUGAGCCAGAGCCGGCCAGUGGGGCCUCACCCGGGGCCACCAUCCCCAAGUCCCCAUCUCAGCUCCGGAAAGGCCCACCUGUCCCUCCGCCUCCCAAACACACCCCAUCCAAGGAGAUGAAGCAGGAGCAGAUUCUCAGCCUUUUUGAUGACGCAUUUGUCCCUGAGAUCAGCGUGACCACCCCCUCCCAGUUUGAGGCCCCUGGGCCUUUCUCAGAGCAGGCCAGUCUACUAGACCUGGACUUCGAGCCCCUUCCACCAGUGGCGAGCCCCGUGAAGGCACCCACACCCUCUGGUCAGUCAAUCCCAUGGGACCUCUGGGAGCCCACAGAGAGUCAAGCUGGCAUCCUGCCUUCCGGGGAGCCCAGUUCCGCUGAGGGCAGCUUUGCUGUGGCCUGGCCCAGCCAGACAGCCGAGCCAGGGCCUGCCCAACCAGCAGAGGCCUCCGAGGUGGUGGGUGGAGCCCAGGAGCCAGGGGAGACAGCAGCCAGUGAAGCAACCUCCAGCUCUCUUCCGGCUGUGGUGGUGGAGACCUUCUCCGCAACUGUGAAUGGGGCGGUGGAGGGCAGCGCUGGGACUGGACGCUUGGACCUGCCCCCGGGAUUCAUGUUCAAGGUGCAAGCCCAGCAUGAUUACACGGCCACUGACACUGAUGAGCUGCAACUCAAAGCUGGCGAUGUGGUGUUGGUGAUUCCUUUCCAGAACCCAGAGGAGCAGGAUGAAGGCUGGCUCAUGGGUGUGAAGGAGAGCGACUGGAAUCAGCACAAGGAACUGGAGAAAUGCCGCGGUGUCUUCCCGGAGAAUUUCACAGAGCGGGUGCAGUGACGGAGGAGCCUUCCGGUGUGUGAAGAACCUUUCCCCCAAAGAUGUGUGCUUUUCUUUUCUUUGUUUUUCUUCCUCUCUUUUCUGUUUUUUGUUUUGUUUUGAAAUUCUUGAAAAGUGUCGGGAAACUGGGGAGCGGAAACCUAAGCCAAGAGGUGUCCUCCCAAAGAUGGUUGGUUUUCCAAAGAGCCGUCCGACCCCGUUCAGUGGACUUCUCCAGUGUUCCUGAAGCUGCUGUGUCCCCCCCUAGUUGAGUUCCCGAUGCCCGCAUGUUCAGGGUGGGCCGGGGGUGCAGAGCCACCGCCACACUUGCCUGACGCUUGGCUGCGCCACUGAGCAGGGCUUGGGUCCUCUUCUGGCAGCUGCCCUGGGCAGGGCCUGCACACUGGUCCAGCCUGGUUCCGCUCUGCAGACCAACCGUGUGCUGUUUGAAAAUAAGCCCUAGUGUUCAAAAAUGCAGCGAAACAAACAAAAAAGAAAAACCUGACAAAACCACCCAGAA